AUGUGUGAAUCCCAUGUUAAGCGUUUUACUGUUCAACCCUUCCUCCAUUUCCGCGAUCGAAAGAGAAACGAACACCAGUCACCAGGUAGACAGGUCAUUGGCAACUUCUUGGUAGAUAUAUAUAUUCCCGACGACCCUUUUCCCAUUUCUUCUUCUCCGGUCUUCAUACGUUGUUUCCUUCUUCCCUUAAAUCGAGCGGUUUUUCCAAGUUCUCACCGAAUAAAAUUGUAAAGCAAACUAGUUUACAUUCAUGGGGACUGAAGAGCCUAAAGACUUGUUGAAAGGGGUGGAUUGGAAAACGGUGGGUGGUGAUGUGGGUAAUGGUUCAAGUGGUGGACAUGUCAUCAAGAAGCGGCUCCCAAAAAAAAUCAGACAAGUCCCAGACUACUAUUUUCUCCCUCGAAGAUCCAUACCUUCUGCCAUUGCCAUCUAUGGAGCAAUCUGUGCAGCUGGAGUUGGUGCAGGGAUGCUGGUUGAGAAAUGGAUAAACAAGAAAAUCCAAGAGGAUGGAGGUAUUAUUUGGGAGCUGGAUAAAUAAAAACAGAACUGCAUUACAAGAGCUCAGCAUUUUUGUAUCUUCUGGAAGGUAGUGAAGAUACGGGUACAUACUAAUUUGCUGCUUUUGAUAUAUCUCCAAUUAGUAUAUUAGAGGCAUCCAUAUCCAAAAAUGUAGGGAUUGUAUGUUGAAGUUUGGUUUUUCUUUACUUUAUUUUCUUGAGCAUUGAAGUAUCAAUGGAUUUAUUCUUUUAGCUUAAUUGGUUAGGGAGAAAGAUAUGAUUACCUACCAUAAGAAUCGGAGAGUAUAUGAGUUUUGGAUACUUGUCUUACUUGAUUUAAUGUGAUGUUUGGCCUUCCUUUGCAACUGCAAA